AUGGUCACGCAACAGGCACCGCCUGACACUGUCAAGGUGCAGGACUGUGUCUCCACCUUCCGGCCCACGCGACUCUUCAAGGCGCCGCACCCGAGCAGCUAUACCUCCCUCGACUUCGACGAUCCAGGCGAAUUUCUGCUACUCGCCCGCACCGAUGACACCAUCCAGCUCUUCAAUACGAGGGCUGGUGGUCACGCGAAAGAGUUGAAAUCACACAAAUAUGGCUGCGCUCUUGCUCGCUUCACGCAUCACAGCACUUCCAUCAUCUAUGCCUCCACAAAGGUUGAUGAUGGCAUCCGAUAUCUGUCGAUGCAUGACAAUAGCUUCAUACGCUACUUCAAGGGCCACACUGCUCGCGUGACGAACCUCACACUGAACCCGAGCAGUGACCAGUUCAUGAGCGCGAGCUUGGACAACACUGUCAAGCUGUGGGACUGUCGCUCGCCCAAUGCGCAGGGGCAGCUGAACUUUGAGGCACCAUGGCUCACUGCGUAUGAUCCUAGCGCGAGUGUCAUCGCCAUUGCCAGUCCGCCCGCGCAGACUGUCAUGCUGUAUGACCUCCGCAACUUCGACAAGCCCCCCUUUGCGACCUUCGACCUGUUAGAAACAGAGAAGAAGUUCGCGCCGUACGGGCAGAGACCUGGCCAGGACUGGACAGGUGUGGAGUUCAGCAAUAACGGAAAGUUCUUGCUGGUCUCCACCACUGGUCCAGGCCACUACCUGCUGGACGCUUUCUCAGGUGACCUGCAGAAGUAUCUCCACCGUUCAAGCGGAAGAGAUACUGGGCAUGUUGCACCGGGACAUGACAUCUUCAGCAUACAGCAGACAGAGAACAAUACUCCGUCCUUUGUGCAGACCUCUGCCUGCUUCUCUCCCGAUGGCAGGUACGUGGUCGGGGGAAACGGCUCGCAGAAUGGCGUAUUGGUCUGGGACUGUGAGGCUUCCGGGCCUGGCGAGCUUCUGGAGCCGAUGACAGACCUAUCGAGCCAGAAGCCCGUCAAGGCUGUUGCGUACAAUCCGCGUCACAAUCUGUUGGCCACGGCUGACAAGGAGCUCAUGCUGUGGCUGCCAGAUCCGGACGCCGCUUAG